AUGAAUGGUAUCAGAGCACACAGAUUUACUGAACGAAGCGAUCCCUCCGGUUCAUCAUUAAGAUCACGGCUAGUGGAUUUUGACGGCGGAGACCAAAGGGGUGCGAGGGGAGAACUAACCGCUCGAACUCAAUUUGACAAAUCAUACAAAGGAGCCAUCUCCAUUGAUGAGUGCUCACCUGAUGGACGCUAUAUAGUCAUAACCAAUAACGGAACAACUACUGAGAACUUAAACGGUUGGAGAAUUGUAAGGAACAUCGAACACGGCAAGCAAAUUAUUCGCUUCACUUUCGGCGAUACACUUAUGUUGCCAAAGAGUAGCCGAAAGAUUUGGGCGAGAGGCCAGCGUGGUCCGGAGGCUGGGCUGAAGGAUCUAGAAUCACCGUAUUCAACUUGGGGAGUUGGAGGAUACAUCUACACUACUCUCUUUACAAUGGACGGAGAGGUGAGACAUUUCUAA